UGUUACAACGCGAGUCGAUUCCGAGUCACGCGUUGAAUUAAUAGUCCUCCCGUGUGUUUGUGUUGCGUCCAUAUUGACACAAAUAAGGACGACUGAAACUCUGAUAAAAAUGGAAAUGGAGGACGACCGAAAGUGAUAAUAGAUACUCCAAACCUAUAUUCGAUCCGCAUACAACUUUGUCUUCCAGAGUUCCAGUCUCUUUUUCUCUCUCCUGAUACGGAAAUGGCGGAUUCUUCAGAUUCCCAGAAAUCCGACGCCGAGCGAGAGGAAAUGUUGGAUAAAAUGCUAACUCGCUUGGCUCUUUGUGACGAUUCCAAACUCGAAAACUUGCUUUCCAAGCUUCUCCCUUACUGUAUCUCUUCACUUUCUUCUCAGUCUGCAGAGGUCAGAAAGAAGGUUAUGGAGAUCUUGAGUCAUGUAAAUAAGCGGGUGAAGCAUCAGCCACAUAUUGGUUUGCCUUUGUCAGAAUUAUGGAAAGUGUAUGUUGAAAACACUACAGCUCCAAUGGUUAAGAACUUCUGUAUUGUAUACAUUGAGAUGGGAUUUGAACGGUUAUGCAUAGAGGAGAAAGCAAGUAUGGCACCUGAGCUUGUUGCCAAUAUUUCAAAGCUUCCUCCUCAGCACCAAGAAAUAAUAUUGAGGAGCACUGCAAAGGUGAUUGGUGAAUGCCAUUCAAAGCAACUUGGUGAUAAUGUUGCUGCCAAGUACAAAUUGAUAAAUGGUGAAGACAGGCAGUUGCUCUUUGAAUUUUUCCUUCAUACAGUUCUAUAUCAACCACCAUCUCAAGGUAUGGGAAGUUCAGCAGGGCUUUCAAUUAGGCAGACCGAUCGUGUUACUGGGAAGCAGCCACUAAAAGGGGAUACACUUCUAAUGAGAAAGUUGGGGAUCUUAAAUAUUAUUGAAGCUAUGGAGUUGGCUCCAGAACAAGUUUACCCUCUCUAUGUGGUUGCGUGUUCGGACAGUCAAGAGCCUGUUGUUAAGAGAGGGGAAGAACUUUUAAAGAGGAAGGCUUCAGCUGCAAAUUUAGAUGACCCAGACCUGAUGAACAGACUAUUCUUACUAUUUAAUGGGAUGACAGGAGUCGAAAAUAUACCUCUGGAUUCUAGAGUUAAUCCGGGGAAUGUUGCCUUGCGAAUGCGCCUGAUGUCUAUUUUCUGUCGGUCUAUCAAAGCUGCAAAUUCUUUCCCAUCUACUUUGCAGUGCAUUUUUGGAUGCAUUUAUGGAAGUGGGACCACCUCAAGGCUGAAGCAACUGGGAAUGGAAUUCACCGUCUGGGUUUUUAAACAUGCAGCAAUGGAUCAGCUGAAACUUAUGGGACCUGUUAUAGUGAAUGGAAUCUUGAGGUCUUUAGAUGGUUAUUCAAUUACAGAAUCAGAUGCUAUUUCCAGGGAUGUCAAGUCCUUUGCCUUUCAAGCUAUUGGUUUGAUAUCACAGCGCAUGCCUCAACUUUUCAGAGAUAAGAUUGAUAUGGCUGUUCGACUUUUUGAUGCUUUGAAAGUGGAGGAUCCAUUUCUUCGUCUCACCAUUCAAGAAGCAACCAAUUCCCUGGCUGUAGCGUACAAGGGAGCUCCAGCACCUGUCUUGAAGGAUCUGGAGGCACUUCUGCUAAGAAAUUCUCAAGUGGACCAAAGCGAAGCACGCUUUUGUGCUGUUAGGUGGGCAACAUCUUUGUUUGAUUUGAACCAUUGUCCAAGCCGAUUCAUUUGUAUGCUAGGGGUGGCAGAUUCUAAACUGGAUAUAAGGUAAAAGCAUCAGUGAUAAC